AUGGAUGACAGACUACUUCCACCCGAGUUCGGCAACAGAUAUAGUAGCGAGACUUCUCGUGUGCCCCGACUGGGAAAUACCACUCCUCCCAGAAUGGCACGGCCUCCUAAGAUCCCAGUGAUCCCCGAGGUGACGGGUGCCGCCGAAUCCCCAGAGCGCAAGCCAUUCGAUGAGAACGAGAACGGAGACGAUCGCGCUCCUAUCUUCUCCUGGUACAAUCCACGAGGCUGGUCAUUACUAAAGAAGGUCCUCGUCGGACUGGGAGCCAUCGUUUUCAUCAUCGUGGCCAUCCUCGCUCCAUACUAUGGAGUCAAACUCAGUCGCUAUCCCAAGUACACACCCCUGGACUACAGAAUAGUCGACACAUACUCGGGUACCACAUUCUUCGAUCAAUUCAACUACUUCACCGAAGAAGAUCCUACAGAUGGCCAUGUCGUCUACGUCGGCGAAACCGCUGCCCGGGAUCUAAAUCUAACCUACGCAACCGAUGAAUCUGCCAUUCUACGCGUGGACUCAUUCACACCGAAGGCUAUAGCCGGCCGUAACUCGGUUCGAAUCGAGUCUAAAAGGAGCUAUGAUACCGGUCUGUUUGUCUUCGACAUCAUCCACACGCCCUACGGCUGUGCGACCUGGCCUGCGCUGUGGUUGGUGGAUGGGUAUAACUGGCCGAAUAAUGGCGAAAUUGAUAUCCUGGAGACGACUAAUAUGGGCUCGAAUGGUAAUGAAGUCACUCUCCACACGACCAAGGGGUGUAAUAUGGAUGUCAAGCGGAAGCAGACCGGCUCGGCUGUUUACAGCACUUGUGAUAGCUCCACGCAUAGCAACUCUGGUUGUGGUGUUGUGGGAGAUCCAUCUACAUACGGGGAAGCUAUGAAUGAGGGUGGGGGUGGAGUCUACGCUCUUGAACUCCGAGACGCCGGGAUAAGAGCAUGGUACUUCCCCCGUCGCGCUAUCCCACACGAUCUAAGCGACCCUACCGCCAUUCCAGACCCUUCAACCUGGGGCACAGCGCUGGCCGACUUCCCCGGUACGGAGUGUGAUAUCGCCUCCCACUUCCGCAAUCAGAGCAUCGUUGCCAACAUCGAUCUUUGCGGCCAACUCGCUGCCCAGGACCAGUAUUAUCAGAAGCUGUAUAAGUGUCCCGGGACCUGUGAGGAGCUGGUUGUUAAUAGUCCGUCGGCCUUUGAGGAUGCUUAUUGGGAGUUUGCUGAGUUCAAGGUUUAUCAGGCUAUUUAA